AAUACCCUCCUCACAUUCACUUAUAUUUCCUCAUAAUUAAAACCUCUAUUUUUACUUCUUCUCCUCAAAGUUUGAGAGAGAGAAAGAAAGAAAGAGAGAAUAAUGGAAGUUGAAGAAGAGGUCUCAAGAUGGGAAGGCUACGCAGAUUGGAGAAACAAAGCCGCCGUGAAAGGCCGUCACGGAGGCAUGCUCGCCGCUUCUUUUACCUUAGUGGUGGAGAUAUUAGAGAAUCUAGCGUAUCUGGCGAAUGCAAGUAACCUUGUGUUGUACCUAAGAGAGUACAUGCACUUGUCUCCAUCGAAAUCGGCGAAUGAUGUUACCAACUUCAUGGGCACAGCUUUUCUCUUAGCUCUUCUUGGUGGUUUCCUCUCCGACGCGUUCUUCUCCACUUACGUCAUCUUCCUCAUCUCUGCCUCUAUUGAGUUUCUGGGAUUAAUCAUACUCACUAUCCAAGCUCGAACACCAUCCUUAAUGCCACCAACAUGCGAUGGUCCCACGUGUGAAGCGGUGAGUGGUUCUAAGGCGGUGAUGCUGUUUGUAGGAUUGUACCUUGUGGCUUUAGGAGUGGGUGGGAUUAAAGGGUCAUUACCGUCGCAUGGAGCAGAACAGUUCGAUGAGAGUACACCUAAAGGCCGGAAACAAAGGUCAACGUACUUCAACUACUUCGUGUUCUGUCUUGCUUGUGGAGCACUCGUGGCCGUGACGUUCGUGGUUUGGUUAGAAGACAACAAAGGAUGGGAAUGGGGAUUUGGUGUUUCUACUAUCGCUAUCUUCGUCUCGAUUCUCAUCUUUCUCUCCGGUUCAAAGUUUUAUAGGAACAAGAUCCCAUGUGGAAGUCCUCUCACCACAAUCUUGAAGGUUCUUCUUGCUGCUUCUGUUAAGAGUUGUUCUAAUGGGAGUCCAAGCAACGCGGUUGUGAAUUUAGCUAUUAGCCCUUCUAAUCAUGUAAAAGAAGUUACUGAAUCAGGAGAACUUGAAAAGCCACGUCAUCAAGAACCAGUGCCUCCUCCUCAGACACAACUAACCAACAGUUUGAGAUUCUUGAACAGAGCUGCUGAGGAGAAACCAGACCUCAAGUUGUUAGAAUGCACGAUCCAACAAGUAGAGGAUGUGAAGAUUGUGCUCAAAAUGCUCCCUAUAUUUGCUUGCACUAUCAUGCUCAACUGCUGCUUAGCUCAGCUCUCCACAUUCUCCGUCCAACAAGCUGCUUCCAUGAACACAAAGAUAGGUAGCCUAAAGAUCCCUCCAGCUUCAUUACCGGUCUUCCCCGUCGUGUUCAUCAUGAUCUUAGCACCUAUCUACGACCAUCUGAUCAUCCCAUUGGCUAGAAAAACAACCAAGACCGAAACGGGAGUCACUCAUCUACAAAGAAUCGGAGUAGGUUUAGUUCUUUCGAUACUAGCAAUGGCCGUUGCAGCUCUCGUUGAGAUCAAGCGUAAGGGAGUGGCUAAAGACGCGGGGUUACUUGACUCGAAAGAAACCUUACCAAUCACUUUCUUAUGGAUCGCGCUUCAGUAUCUUUUCUUAGGGUCAGCUGAUCUGUUCACACUAGCUGGACUUUUAGAGUAUUUCUUCACAGAAGCACCAGCGUCUAUGAGAUCUCUAGCGACAUCACUCUCGUGGGCUUCUUUGGCGAUGGGUUAUUACCUAAGCUCGGUGAUCGUUUCGAUAGUGAACAGCAUAACAGGGAGUUCAGGAAACACGCCUUGGCUGAGAGGAGAGAGGAUAAACCGUUACAAACUAGACUACUUCUAUUGGCUAAUGUGUGUAUUAAGUGCAGCCAACUUCUUGCACUAUCUCUUCUGGGCAAUGAGGUACAAGUACAGAUCAACAGGUUCAAGAAGCUAAAUAUGAUCCACUUUUGAGGGUUUUUGAAUGGAGGAAAAGAGCAGAAAAAUGUUUUUUUUUUUUUUUUUACUUCAUCGGCUGAUAUAUAUAAGAGAUGAAUGGGGGGAUAAAACUAGUGGUGUUGUGGUCAGGUAAAUAGUGGAGGUGUUGGAGUUUUUUUUUACUCGUUGGACUAAGGAAUGUACAGCGAGUGAUUAUGAUAUUUAAUUAACUUGGUUUAGUUUUUA